AUGCCCGGAACUUUCACUCAGGAGCUUGACACACCAUCAUACAAAGGGACUGUCUCCCUCUCCACUGGCUUGUUCAUCAAUGGCCAAUUUGUCGAUCCCAUAGAAGGGGCGACCAUCGAUGUUGUAAAUCCCAGUAAUGGGAGUAUCGUAACUUCGGUCGCGGAAGGAACCUCAAAGGAUGUCGAUCUCGCUGUACAGGCCGCCAAGAACGCGUAUAAAACGUCUUGGGGCCUUAAGGUCCCAGGGAAAACUCGUGGCCUCAUCCUGGGCAAGUUGGCAGAUUUGAUUGAGGCCAAUGCAGACGAAUUUGCCGCCUUGGAGUCUUUAAACGUUGGAAAGUUGUAUAGGUACGCUCAAAGGGAUGUCGCGAGCGUUGUACGCGCAUUCCAGUACUUUGCUGGUUGGGCAGACAAGAUUCAUGGCAAGACGAUUGAGACGGAUGAAAAUAGGAUGGCCUAUACGCGCCAUGAGCCCUUUGGUGUCUGCGGCCAGAUCAUCCCCUGGAACUUCCCCUUCGUCAUGUUAGCUUGGAAGAUUGCUCCGGCGCUGGCCACAGGGAAUACCGUUGUCCUGAAGCCCUCAGAAGUGACACCUCUGACAGCGCUGAAGUUCGCGGGCCUUUUGAAUGAGGCAGGCGUACCCCCUGGCGUCGUGAACAUUGUUGUGGGAUAUGGUCAUACCGUCGGCCAGGCGAUUAGCGAGCACCCGCAGAUCGCUAAGGUUGCAUUCACUGGCUCUACGCUCGUUGGCAGGAAGAUAUUGGAAGCCUCAUCGAGAACAAACUUGAAGGUGGUCACCUUGGAGCUGGGAGGCAAGAGCCCCAACAUCAUAUUUGACGACGCAGACUUGGAGCAAGCAGUCAAGUGGGCUGCAAUGGGUAUCUUCUAUAACAUGGGUCAAGUUUGCGCUGCAGGGUCUCGCAUCUUUGUGCAAGAGGGCAUUUACCCGAAGUUCAUUGAAGCAUUCACUCAGGCGGCAAAAGGGAUUUCGAGCAACGCCGGAGACCCCUUUGAUAACAAGACCCAGCAUGGCCCGCAAGUGUCUCAAACGCAGUUCGACCGCGUCAUGGGUUACAUCGAGUCUGGGAAGAAAGACGGGGCCUGUGUUGUCACUGGCGGUUCCAAGAUCAACAGCGAAGGCUUCUUCAUCGAGCCAACAGUAUUCACCGAUUGCGACAAAGAUAUGAAGAUUGUUCGCGAAGAGAUCUUUGGGCCGGUGGCCGUGGUUAUCAAGUUCAAGGACGAGGCCGAGGUCAUAGAGAUGGCCAACGACACAGUCUAUGGCUUAGCCUGCGCGGUAUUCACAGAGAACGGUAGCCGUGCUUUGCGAGUAGCUCAUGCACUUGAAGCGGGUACUGCUUGGGUUAAUUGUUUCGGCGGGGGUGAUAUCUCUAUCCCAUUCGGUGGUUACAAACAGUCUGGAAUUGGUCGCGAGCUAGGCGAAUAUGCCUUGUCAACAUAUACCCAGGUCAAAGCCGUUCAAGUCAAUCUUGGUGUUCGGCUUUAA